AUGGAAGAAGACAUACCUUCCGGUACACGCCGGCCGUUACCACUCCAUCCGCCUCCCCCUUUCGCUGGCCUGAUUCCUCCUCCCCGAGAUCCCUCGUUCCCUCAGGUCGUCUCCGCCGGCCCGAGUGGUUUUUUUCCGCAUCACAUCCCCGUCAACGCAACUUCUGCCGCCUUGCACCCAUCUCUUGUACCCGCGCACUCCGCAACCUUGCCUCUCGCGUCCACUCUCCCGGCCUUAGCUGGAGCCCCGUUCCCCGUACGCGCAGAACUCGCGGCGUUGGGCGCUGCGUCCACUCGCGGAAUCAGCACAAUUGGCGCGGGGGGGAUGCUUUUUGGCGCGGGGGAGCCCAGCGGACAGGUGCCUGCGCCUUCGGGCUGGCAACCCGAUCCCCAGACGGUUAUGGCCAUUGCAGCGGCCGCAGCGGCGGCGGCGGCAGCGGCAGCAGCUCAAGGACAGCGUGGAGCAGCGGCGGAAACUGCCGGGGGAGUGGCGCGACCGUCAAAUUUCUUAACGGGGCUUGCGGGACUCGGUCCGGUCGCUGGGCUCGGCGCGCUGGGAUUGACCGGCGGGUCUGGCGUCACGGCAAUGUCUACUUUUCCGGGGAUUAUUCCUCGUGGCGCUGCGGGGGUAAGCUCGUCGUUAACACCCCAUGACGCGUAUAGGGGCUUCACGGGAGUUCAUGAGCUCGAUCCCGCCGUCAACCCAUCCCUUCUCGCCUCUUUCGCGGCACCAAAUUCCGCUACUGCCGGCCCCGCCGCUGCCGCUGCUGCCGCCGCCGCCGCGGCAGCCGCCGCCAGUGGUGGCGGGCAUCUUCUUCCCGCGCUCUGGCGCCUCAAUCCAUCUGCGGCCGCGGCGGCAAUGGCGGCUGCUGCGGCGGCAGCCGGUGCCGCGGGAGCGGGUGGUGGCAGGGCGGACGCCACAGGCGCAAUUGGCGGCGCCGGCUUCGGCGGAGCUCCCCCUACUCCUGAGCAUCUGUGGGCUUCGCGUGGCGGGCGGAACAGUGGCGGGGACGGACGGAGCGGGGAGGACAAGCGCACGGGAAGCGGCAGCGGCGGAGGUGGGCGGAGCGGGGAAGGCAGGCGCGCGGGAAGCGGCAGCGGCGGAGGCGGGGAAGGCGAGCACAGGAGGGAUGAAGGCAGCGGGAGCGGCGGGCGCGGUGGUUUGGAUUGCGCAGCGUCGAGAGCAGCUAUCCGCGCGGUGGCGGCGAUAAGCAUCACUGACAGCGGAAGCAGGGUGGGCGUGGGCGGGGAGGGAUUUGCGGGGGAUAGCGGAGGCGCACGCGGAGGGGGAAGGGCAGCUGGGGAUAUUGCCCGUGGUGGGGGACGAACGGGCGGAGCAGCAGCGAGCAGUCAGAGCCCUAGUGUGACUGUAUCGGAAUCAGUGAUUGGUGGUUACAGUAACGCUGGUGCUGGUGCGGGCGUUGCGGGCGAUGCUGCCGCUGAAACAGCUGGCACUAGUGCCGCCGCUCGCUCCGCUAUGAUGCUCAACCAUGGUCCUGCUCAAGCCUAUAACGCGUACACAUCGCAACCGCCAGUCGCGCAUCGUCCCCCUCACCCUCCGCCUCCGCCUCCUCCGCCCGAUCUUCGCCCUCCCUCCCGCCCAUCCUUUCCCCCGGCACCUUCCGCGCGCCCCACCCUUCCCCCGAAUUACCCCGCCCCCGCGCUAUGCUCCCCGGGUCAGUUUUUCCUUCCGUCGGCCGCCAACCCUUUUGCUGUGGCGGCGGCAGCAAUGGCGGCGGCGGCGGCGGCAGGGGGAGGGGGAGCGGGUGAAGGCGGGGCGGGUGCGGGGCUCAACCCCCUUCUGGGCGCGCUCUCGCUACCUCUAUUCGCAAGCGCCGCCGCUCCGCUUGGAGCUGGUACAGGCGGAAUGGGGGCGGCGGGGCUUGGAGCGCUGGGAGCGGGAGCGGGAGCGGGAACCGGCGGGGAGAAUUCAGCAGCAGCUGCUGCGGCGGCAGCGUUUCGAGCAGCAACAUUAGGAACAGGGCUGGGCGGAGGGCUGGGGGCAGGAGCGGUAGCGGGAGGAGGGGGAUACGGAGGCACGACGGCAGCUGCAGCCGCAGCCUCCGCAGCAGCAGCAUUAGCAGCCGCAGCGUUCGCCGUAGCGUCUGCUCCCUCCUCCACUGCUGCCGCCGCCGCUGCCGCGGCCGCCGCGGCAGCGGCAGCUGCGGCGGCAGCAGCAGCGUCAGCUUCGGAGGAACCUUCCUCGUCCAUGGUUCCGGCUAUUAUGGGCCUUGGCGGAACGAGAAUGGCGGCAGAUGCGGGGUUUGCAGGGGUGGGUGGAUUCGGAGGGGCUGCAGGCAUGGGAGCGGCAGCGCUGGGAGCAGGGCUAGCAGGAGCUGCUGGGUUCCCUGCUCUCUUUGGCGUCCCUGGUUUGCAUGCUUCUUUGCUUGGAUCAGGCUAUCCUGCUUCAGCCAUGGCCCCUGCUACUGCGUCUAACCCUGCCAUUGCCUCUGCUGCCGCUGCUGCUGCUGCUGCUUCCGCUGCUGCUGGUGGUCUGAUGC